AUGCUCUGGCAGCUCCUCGUACUCCCCCUGGCUGUGGCGGCCCCGAGCCAGACUCCCUUCGCCCCCAAACACAUCAACCCCCUCAAGCAUCUCUCUGCAAUCAGCCCCUUCUUUAUCCCCAACCAGGAGCCCACCCCGCUCCCACCCACGUGCGAGUACACCCGCAUCAGCCUCCUCGUCCGGCAUACCAGCAUCCGAGGUAACGAUGACGAGUAUGAGGACACUAUGGAGCCCUUCAUAGAGAAGAUCAAGGCGAUGGACAAAAACAAGAUGCCGAGUGACGGCGAGUGGGCGUUCUUGAGGAACUGGGAGUCGCCUAUCAGCGAGGAUGUGCUGGAGAAGGUCAGCCAGAGGGGGGAGGAUGAUUCGACCUUUUUUGGAAGGCGGUUAUCUACCCAGUACGCCAAGCUCUUCCCGCCCAGGGAAAAGUCAGAGAAGAACAAGAAGAAGAGCAAGCAUACAGUGCCCUUCAAGGUAUGGUCGGCCAGCUCCGAGAGAGACAUUGUCACUGCCAAGGCCUGGAUCAAGGGUGCUUUCCCAGCCGAACAAGCUGGGCCUCACGGUGAGGGUGACGGCAAGCAGCUCCAGCUGGUGUCGGUCCCCAACAAGGCCAAGGACUGGGACCGAUCUCUGACGCCUCAUAAAGCAUGCGAUGCGUUUGAAAAGCAGAGCUCGCUUGAGCCUGCCCGGGUAUGGUUGAAGACUUAUGCGCCGCCUAUCCGCGAGAGACUCUCUCAAAUCAUCCCUGACGUUGCGGUCGAGCUUGUGGACGACGACAUCCUAGCUAUGCAGAUGCUCUGCGGCUACGAAACUAUAUCCCAAGGCUGGUCUCCAUUCUGCAACCUCUUUACCGACAAUGAAUGGCUCGACGGUGAAUACUAUUUCGAUGUUCGAUUCCACUACAUGAUGGGGUACGGGAAUCACCUCUCGCCCUAUCUCGGUGCGCCUUGGGUCAAGACGGCAAAGCAUCUGUUGGAUGGGAAAGAUACUGGAGAUGGAGCUGGAGAGCCGCACGGUGAUGAGGGUGAGGUGGAAGCGAACAAGGAGAAACACAAGUUGCCCAAACCAAACUUGCCUCCCAAUGCUACCCACACCCAACUUUUCCACCCUUCAUUCACGCACCGCGAAUCCCCAGCUUUCGUAGCCACUUUCCUCAAUCUCUACAACUCCACCUACGCCCACCCCGCCUCACUCAACCCACCUCUGACCUACCGACCCCCCAAGUCUGAGCGCGCCUGGCGUACUUCCCACGUUGUCUCUUUCCUCGGCCACGUCGCUCUCGAGCGCUUCCACUGCGGGGACGGAGGCGACUAUGUGAGGGCCAAGGUGAAUGGAAAACAGGAAAAGAUGGGUGGGUGUGAAGAUGGGUUGGAGGGGAGUUGUAAGUGGGAGACGUUCUACAAGUGGGUGGAUGAGCGGGCUUUGAGGUGGAGUGGUUGGGAGGAGGUUUGUGCGAAGAAGGAUUGA